AUGGACAAGGAAUGUCCGCAUUGUCAUGCUCUGAAAUUCAAAAAUGAGCCAGCUGGGAUGUGUUGCGCGUCAGGAAAAGUGCAACUACCUGAAAUUGAAACACCACCUGAACCAUUGAACGGCUUACUUAUCGGCACGGAUCCAGAUUCUAACGUGUUCCUGAAGUCAAUUCGAAGAUUCAAUUCAUGCUUUCAAAUGACAUCGUUCGGAGCAACAGAAAUAGUUCGAAAUACUAAUGCAAAUGGUCAACAAUUCAAUUCUACAUUCAAAAUCAGAGGCCAAGUUUAUCAUAAAAUUGGCUCACUGCUGCCAAUGCCAAACGAACCACAUGAAUUCUUACAAAUCUACUUUAUGGGCGGCGAGGAUUCCGGAAGCGCACUUGCCAAUCGCGUGAAUGCACGUUGUGAUUAUAAUAACCUUGAUUCACUUUAUGCCAGGCGCAUCGUCAGCGAGCUAGAUGCUCUUUUGAACGAGCACAACGAGUUGUUGAAUAUAUUCAAAUCACAUAUGCACCAAUUACAAAGCGAUAAUCACGCUAUCGUCAUUAAUCCUGAUAAAACACCAGCUGGAGAGCAUAUUCGUAGAUUCAAUGCACCCGUUGUUGAUGAUGUUGCUGGAAUCAUGGUUGGCGAUUGUACAGCUGCACGAGAAAUUGUGAUUCGUAGAAGAAAUAAUAAUCUUCAGUUCAUUGCUGACACACAUCGUUUAUAUGACGCUCUCCAAUAUCCGCUAAUAUUCUGGAAGGGACAAGACGGAUAUUGCAUAAACAUAAAACAACGAGAUCCCGUAUCAGGAGCUGAAACAAACAAGAACGUUAGCUCAAAGGAUUAUUAUGCGUACCGAUUAAUGAUUAGACGUGGACUGGACAACGUCAUUUUACGAUGUCGUGAGCUUUGUCAACAAUUCAUGGUCGACAUGUACGCGAAGAUUGAGAGCGAACGACUACGAUAUUUACGAUACAAUCAACAAAAGCUGCGCGCGGAAGAGUACAUUCAUUUGCGAGACGCUAUCAACAACAACGCCGACGUCGCCGAAAUUGGUAACCAUGUCAUUUUACCAUCAUCGUACGUAGGCAGUCCACGUCAUAUGCAAGAAUAUAUACAGGAUGCUCUGACUUUCGUGCGCGAAUAUGGACGACCAUGUUUAUUUAUCACGUUCACAUGUAAUCCAAAAUGGCCAGAGAUUACAUCUUUGCUACUGCCUGGCCAAAAUGCAAUACAUCGCCAUGACAUUACAGCACGUGUGUUCAGACAAAAGUUGAAGUCUUUAAUAAGUUUCAUUACUAAAUCACAUGUAUUUGGUCCCACACGUUGCUGGAUGUAUUCGGUUGAGUGGCAAAAGCGAGGAUUACCUCAUGCACACAUUUUGGUUUGGUUCAUCGACAAAAUCCGUCCUGAAGAAAUCGAUAGUAUCAUUUCUGCGGAAAUUCCAGAUCCAUCCACUGACCAACUGCUGUUUGAUGUUGUUACAACAAACAUGAUUCAUGGUCCAUGUGGUACUCUUAAUAGUUCAUCGCCUUGCAUGGCUGAUGGAAAAUGUACUAAAAAUUUCCCUAAAGAUUUUACCAAUGAUACGGUCACAAAUGUCGACGGAUACCCAAUAUAUCGUCGAAGAAAUCCUGAAAAUGGCGGACAAUCAUUUAUUAAAAAUAUCAUCAACACAGACAUUGAUAUUGACAAUCGUUGGGUGGUGCCAUAUUCGCCUCUGCUGAGCAAGACAUAUAAUGCUCAUAUUAAUGUUGAGUUCUGCAGUUCUGUGAAGAGCAUCAAAUACAUUUGCAAGUAUGUCCAUAAAGGCAGUGAUAUGGCUGUGUUUAGAGUGGAAAAUACUAAUGUGAAUGCUCCUCCAGUGAAUAAAAACGAUGAAAUAACGCUCUACCAAAUUGGUCGGUACAUCAGCUCUAAUGAAGCUGCUUGGCGUAUCUUUGGUUUUCCAAUUCAUGAACGGGAUCCAGCAGUUAUUCAGUUAGCCAUCCAUCUUGAAAACGAUAUACGUAAAGUGAAUGGGCAACAAUAUCCAACGUAUAAAGAUGCAUGUCUUGCACUCGGCUUGCUGGAAGACGACAACCAGUGGGAAUGCAUGCUUGCUGAAGCUGCAUUGAACUGUACAGCAAUACAAAUUCGUCUACUAUUCGCUAUAGUGUUGACUACAUGUUUCCCAGCCCGAGCACAGAUAUUAUGGGAAAAUCACAAAGAUUCAAUGACUGAUGAUAUAUUGCAUCAACACCGUAUACGGUGCCACGAUCUAACCAUAACAUUCAGCGACGAAAUGUACAAUGAAGCAUUGAUUGCUAUUGAGGAUCUUUGCAUUGUCAUUGCCAACUUACCACUUAGUAAUUUCGGUAUGAAUUCGCCAAAUCGAACUGCAUCUGAUUUAAUGAAUACUGAAAUGAAUCGUGAACUGCAGUACAGUACUGUAGAAAUGGCAGCGAUUGUUGCCCGCAAUGUCCCACUAAUGAAUGAGGAACAAAGAACCAUUUAUGAUCGCAUUAUGCUCGCAGUUUCAGCUGGACAAGGUGGGUUCUUCUUUUUGGAUGCACCGGGUGGAACUGGCAAAACAUUCGUUAUUUCGCUAAUUCUUGCUGAAAUACGAUCAAAUAAUGGCAUCGCAUUGGCCGUUGCAUCAUCGGGCAUUGCAGCAACUUUAUUGGAUGGAGGUAGAACAGCUCAUUCAGUAUUUAAGCUGCCACUAAAUAUUCAGAAUAACCCUGACGCAGUAUGCAACAUUAAGAAACAAUCGUCCAUGGCCACUGUGCUGAAACGGUGUAAAAUUAUUAUUUGGGAUGAAUGUACUAUGGCACACAAACAUUCACUUGAGGCGUUGAACAGGACAUUGAAAGAUAUUAAAAACAGUGACAAACUAUUUGGCGGAAUUCUGUUGGUCCUUUCAGGUGAUUUCAGACAAACACUUCCAGUCAUUCCACGUUCAACAUACGCUGAUGAGAUCAACGCUUGCUUAAAAUCAUCUCCAUUGUGGCGUAAUGUUGAAAAAUUACAGCUAAAAAUAAAUAUGCGCGUUCAAAUGCUUCAAGAUCCAUCUGCUGAAACAUUUUCAAAACAACUCUUAGAUAUCGGUGAUGGAAAAGUUGCUAUAGAUGAAACUGGAUACGUAAAAUUACCGACCGAUUUCUGCACAAUCGCUGAUUCGCAAGAUACUCUCAUUGAACAAAUAUUUCCCGAUGUACACACACAGUACAUAAAUCAUGAGUGGCUUGCAGAAAGAGCGAUUUUAGCGGCAAAAAAUUUAGACGUUGAUAAUUUAAAUCUGAAGAUACAAAUGUUGUUGCCAGGGAACUUGGUAUCAUAUAAAUCUAUUGAUACAGUUUGCGACGACAGCGAAGCAGUAAAUUUUCCCACAGAGUUUUUGAACUCACUGGAUUUGCCAGGCAUGCCACCGCAUAAUUUACAAUUAAAGGUUGGAUCUCCAAUUAUCUUGCUUCGUAAUUUGAACCCGCCCCGGCUGUGCAACGGUACGCGAUUAGUCAUUCAAAAAUUAAUGAAAAACGUGAUCGAAGCCAGGAUUUUAAAUGGAAAGUUCAGAGACGUCGAAGAAUUCGACGGCCUAUAUCUAGGUAAUACUAUCUCGGAGCCUUAUCUGGGAGAAGAAGAUCGAAAAUUCAGGACUAAGACACAACAGAUCCUUAGUGUCGAGUGGUCAGUCGUGUUCAGCUCCUCAAGCUCCGCCUGUUGA